CUGUUUGUCAUAUGACCCGUUCCUCGCUUCAGUUCUCUUAUCGUCUGUGGAGUGGUUGGACGGAUAGUGAAGGAAGAUGUUCCGCUGGGCGCUUUACGUGAUGUUGGGAACGAUGGGGGUCAUGGGAGCUCCAGAUGCCGAUGAGAUAAAAUUCCUCCCAGGCCUUCAGAAACAGCCCAGCUUCAAACAGUAUUCUGGCUACCUUAGUGUUGCCGAGAACAAACACCUCCAUUACUGGUUUGUGGAGUCCCAAAAAGACCCAGCCAGCAGCCCGGUGGUUCUGUGGCUAAAUGGAGGCCCUGGAUGUAGCUCACUGGAUGGGUUGCUCACAGAACAUGGGCCUUUCCUGAUUCAGGAUGAUGGGGUCUCACUUGAGUACAACCCUUAUUCCUGGAAUAAGAUUGCCAGUGUCCUGUACCUGGAGUCACCAGCAGGAGUUGGAUUUUCUUACUCUGAUGACAAACAGUAUGCCACCAAUGACACAGAGGUGUCUAUGAACAACUACCUGGCCUUGAAGAGGUUCUUCCAGCUUUUCCCAGAGUACAGCAAGAAUGAAUUCUUUAUCACAGGCGAGAGUUACGGAGGCAUUUAUGUUCCCACUCUGGCAGAGAGGGUGAUGGAAGACAGCAGCAUAAACCUACAGGGUAUUGCUGUAGGAAACGGGAUGUCCAGCUAUGAGAUGAAUGACAAUUCAUUGGUCUACUUUGCUUACUACCAUGGGCUCCUGGGAACAAGUUUAUGGACGGACUUACAGACAUACUGCUGCAAGGAUGGCAAAUGUGACUUCUACAACAAUCACAGUCUGAAUUGUACCAAGAAUUUGGCAGAGGUGCAGUAUAUUGUUUACCAGUCUGGGCUCAACAUGUACAACCUGUAUGCUCCCUGUGCUGGAGGGGUUCCUCAGAGAGUCAGAUUUGAGAACGGCCACCUAGUGAUUCACGAUCUGGGGAACAACUUCAUCCAGCACCCCUGGACUUCCAUGUGGAAUGAGAAACUUCGAGGAAUAGCUGUCUUGCAUAAGUCUGUGAGGCUCGACCCUCCCUGCACCAACUCCACCCCGUCCAGAAUGUACCUAAACAACGCCUACGUCAGGUCAGCCCUGCACAUCCCGACCUCUGUCCCUGAAUGGGACAUCUGCAGUGCGGAGGUGAACUUCAACUACGUGCGCCUGUAUAUGGAUGUGAAAAAGCAGUACCUGAAGCUGCUGGGGGCGCUGAAGUACCGUGUGCUGGUGUACAAUGGGGACGUGGACAUGGCCUGCAACUUCCUUGGGGAUGAGUGGUUUGUGGAGUCUCUUCAGCAAGAAGUGCAGGUGAAGCGCAGGCCCUGGCUCUACAACAAUGGAGAGAGUCAGCAGGUGGGCGGUUUCGUCAAGGACUUCUCCAACCUGGCCUUCCUCACUGUCAAGGGUUCAGGUCACAUGGUUCCUACAGACAAGCCCGUCGCUGCUUACACAAUGUUCAGCCGCUUCCUGACAAAACAGCCCUAUUGAGACGGGGCAGUAAAGGUGACCCCCUUAAAGGAGACGGGUAUAAUCGGGCAGACCUCCACUCUACCCUUUCUGACUCUUACCAAUUGCCACGUCGCCUACUUUUUUCUGUCUUCUUGUCUCGGCCACUGGGUCAGUCCACAGAACGGUCAGAAGGGGUAUGCAGAAUAUGAUUUGCACAGGCUCACUGUGAUCGACUUUGGGCUGUAUUAUUAACAGAAAUGCACAUCUUUCCUUCUUUCCUUCCAUCCACCGUUGGAUAAUUUACAUCCAUUUUUUUUUUUCUGUAUAUGUGAUUUAGGCUGCUUUUGUGCUUUUGGGAUCUGCUGUAACAAAGAGGUACUGCUGUAGAGCGUCUGAAGUCUGUGGUAAAGAUGUACUGAAUCGAUGCAUCUGUUUGUAUUUUUUGCCUUGCUGAAAAAUCAAAAUCAUUGUAUUUUGUUUGUGUGCAAGUCAUGGCCUUGAUCCAAAUAGUAGAACUUGAAAUGUAUAUCAAGUGAAAUGUCACUGUGAUAUGAUGAUGAAUCAAUUUUGUCUUUUUUUUAUCGUUUAGAUUCAAAGAUUGCCUGAAAGUUGUGUGAAUGGAACUGAAGGGAAAAAAGUUUUUU